GACAAAGAAGAAGCUCGACGGACAAGCGAGGCGGGAGGAGACUCGAUCGUGCUUCGACAAAUCUUGCCGAAUUUGGACCGAAUGUUGGGAAUCCUCGACGCUUGACGCCCCCGAUCACGACUUUAGUGGACGAAAACGUCACUCGUGAAAUCUUCGUGUCCGGUUGGAGUCGUCUCGUGCACCUUGAAGCUUCUCGGCCUAGCUUAGCUUAGCCUAGCUUGCUAACAAAGAGACACGUUUGUGAAAAAAACACGUCACUAAGCAGAGAUCAAGCGGGAAGUAGUGUUCUUCUUCCCGCCACCGACUAGGAAGGCGUGGGGACCACAAGAUCUAAUAGUAACAGUUGAAUCUUCUUCUUUUCCUUUGGGCUUGUCCCGUUAGGGGUCGCCACAGCGCGUCAUCCGUUUCCAUCGUGAAACUGUGCGCAAGAACGACAGCGCAGUACGAGGAGGAACUUCGUGGGCCAAAGGUGGAGGAGGAGCCACGACGUCAACUACCGGACGCCGUGUUCAAUCCGCAGCCUCGAAUUGUGCUACGCAAGAGCGGAGCGGAAAAGUGUCGCGAUCGUCGUGUGAAAAUGCGUGCGAGGAGGACAGCGGAGCACGACGAGGAACUUUGGGGCCCGAAAGAGGAGAAGGAGCCACGAGGUCAACGACCGGACGCCGCGUUCGAUCUGCGGCCUCCAACUGUGCCACGCGGCGCAGACGUCACUGAAGAUCAUCGUACUGAGCGGCGGGGGCUCUGGGUCCUGCACAUUAAAGAGGAAGUGGAGGACGAAGAGGUCCACCACAUCAAAGAGGAAGAGGAGCCCAUUUUGGUGAAAAAAGAAGAGGAAGAAGGGCGCCCCCACAUCAAACAAGAAGAGGAGGGGGACAUCAGCAAGGUUCCAUCGACUGGUGUCUUUUUGAAGAGUGAAGAUGGUCAACGUGAGGAGAGCGGAGGGGCGGAGCCUCCAAGCAGCAGCAGCUCAAGUCAACACAUGACAACAGAAGGCGACGGAGACCACUGUGGAGGAUCGCCAGCAGACGGACUCUUAGGUCCACUAUCACAUAGUGACGACGUGACGUCACAUCCUCCUCACGCUGAUGGUAAACAGUCAGAAGGCGAUGUGGCGUGUCAAACUCACAACAAACGAUGGAAAUAUUCUAAUUGUGGGAGAACAUUUGAACAUUUGAAACAACACACGAGACCCCACACUGGGGAAAAACCUUUUGCGUGUUCAGUUUGUGGUCAAAGAUUCACUCAGAAAGGAAACUUAACACAGCACACGACAAUCCACACUGGUGUGAAACCUUUUUUCUGCACAGUUUGUGGUAAAAGAUUCACUCAGAAGACUGAUUUAAAAAUACACACGAGAACGCACACCGGUGAGAAACCUUAUUCCUGCUCAUUUUGUGGUCGGCGAUUCUCUGUGAAGGAAAGCUUAAAAUUACACACAAGAACGCACACUGGUGAGAAACCUUUUUCCUGCUCAUUUUGUGGUCAGCGAUUCUCUGUGAAGGAAAGCUUAAAAUUACACACCAGAACGCACACUGGUGAGAAACCUUUUUUCUGCACAGUUUGUGGUAAAAGAUUCACUCAGAAGGGACACUUAAAACUGCACACAAGAACCCACACCGGUGAGAAACCGUUUUCUUGCACAGUUUGUGGUCAAAGAUUUUCUGUGAAUGGAAACUUAAAAAGACAUACAAGAAUGCACACUGGUGAGAAACCUUUUUCCUGCUCCGUUUGUGGUCACAGCUUCUCUGUGAAGGCACACUUGAAAAUACACACGAGAGCCCACGCUGGAGAGAAACCUUUUGCCUGCUCAAGUUGUGGCCGAAGGUUUUCUGAAAAAGGAAGUUUAAAAAAACACACAAGAACCCACACUGGAGAGAAACCUUUUUCCUGCUCAGUUUGUGGGAAAAGAUUCACUCAGAAGGCAGAUUUAAAAAGACACACAAGAACGCACUCCGGUGAGAAACCCUUUUCCUGCUCCGACUGUGGCCAAAGAUUCACUCAGAAGGGACACUUAAAAAUGCACACAAGAACGCACACUGGUGAGAAACCGUUUUCCUGCUCAGUUUGUGGUCAAAGAUUCUCUCGCAAGUGUCGGGUUCAGACACACAAGUGUGCGGGUGAGAAUAGCAGUGAUCAAGAAGCUUUUAAUGCAAAUUGAAAUGUUUAAAAAAAAAAAAAAAAAAAAGUAAUUACUAGGUUACUGACUUCCAAAAAUCCACAUUCUUGUAUUCUGUGUAACAGCUUUUAUUGUAUCUUGUUUUCCAUAUAUUUUCAAAAAGCCAUCUGCUGGCAAAUGUCGGGAAUUAGCAUUAGUUUCAAAAUACUUUACCACGUAUGCCAUAGUUCUGGACUCAUAAAUGUCUAAAGAAAAACGUUCUCUGAAAUAGAUUCAGUAGUAAUUUUAGAAUUGUUUUCUGAUGAGGUAUUUUAUUUUUCAGCCAGAUUUUGGCCCGCCCACAUUUUGGACAUGUCAGCCUGUCACAGCCUGAACUUCUAUGUUUUCCAUGGUGUAAUUUUUGCCCAUAUUGAACUCAUACUCAUACGUCAGCUAAACUUUUAAUUGAUUGCAACCACAAAUGUAUAGUGCAAUUCCAAUGAAGUUGGAACGUUGUGUUAAACAAAUAAAAACAGAAUACAAUGAUUUCCAAAUCACGUUCAACCUAUAUUUAGGUGAAUACACUACGAAGACAAGAUAUUUCAUGUUCAAACUGAUGAACUUUGUUUUUCGCAGAUAAUCAUGAACUUAGAAUUUUCAUGGUUACCACUGUGUUAAAUCCCCUUUUUUUGAACAACAUUCAAUAAAUGUUUGGGAACUGAGGACACUAAUUGUUGAAGCUUUGUCGGUGGAAUUCUUUCCCAUUCUUGCUCGAUAUACAGCUUCAGCUGUUCAACAGUCCGGGGUCUCCGUUGUCGUAUUUUACGCUUCAUAAUGAGCCACACAUUUUCAAUGGGAGACAGGUCUGGACUGCAGGCAGGCCAGUCGAGUACCCGUACUCUUUUACGACGAAGCCACGCUGUCGUAACACGUGCAGAAUGUGGUUUGGCGUUGUCUUGCUGAAAUAAGCAGGGGCGUCCAUGAAAAAGACGUUGCUUGGAUGGCAGCAUAUGUUUCUCCAAAACCUGUAUGUACCUUUCAGCAUGAAUGGUGCCUUCACAGACGUGUAAGUCACCCAUGCCAUUGGCACUAACACAGCCCCAUACCAUUACAGAUGCUGGCUUUUGAACUUUGCGUCCAUAACAGUCCUAAUGGUUCUUUUCCUCUUUGGCCCGGAGGACACGACGUCCACAAUUUCCAAAAACAAUUUGAAAUGUGGACUCGUCGGACCACAGAACCCUUUUCCACUUUGCAUCAGUCCAUCUAAGGUGAGCUCGGGCCCACUAGAAGCCGGCGGCUUACAUGCAGUGAUUUCUCCAGAUUCUCUGAACUUUUGAUGAUAUUAUGGACCGUGGAUGAUGAAAUCCCUCAAUUCCUUGCAAUUGUUCGUUGAGCAACAUUGUCCUUCAACUGUUGGACUAUUUUCUCCCGCACUUGUUCACAAAGAGGUGAACCUCGCCCCAUCUUGGCUUGUGAAUGACUGAGCAAUUGAGGGAGGCUCCUUUUCUACCCAAUCAUGGCCCCCACCUGUUCCCAAUUGGCCUGUUCACCUGUAAGAUGUUCCAAACAGGUGUUUGAUAAGCAUUCCUCAACUUUCUCCGUCUUCUGCGCCACCUGUCCCAGCUUUUUUAGAACGUGUUGCAGCCAUCAAAUUCUAAGUUCAUGAUUAUUUGCUAAAAACCAUCAAGUUUAUCAGUUUGAACAUGAAAUCUCUUGUCUUUGUAGUGUAUUCAAUUCAAUAUGGGUUGAACGUGAUUUGCAAAUCUUUGUAUUCUGUUUUUAUUUAUGUCUAACACAACGCCCCAACUUCAUUGGAAUUGGGGUUGUAUAUAGUAUGUGUGUGUAUGAAUGUCAAAUGUGUGAAUUGAUCACAAAGGCGCUUCUGUCGGCGGCAUUGUGUCAGUAACACGAAGAGGCGGUCCAUCUCCUCUUUUGUCUCCCGGGGGGGACCACCCACUUUUCGGAUGGGCAUAAAGGCCGGAGCCCCCUUUGCUUGCUGGCGUGCUCAUUCGACCACCUUGCUGAAGACUGGCUCAGCCAGGAAGCCCCACCUCUCACCGCGAGGUGGCAAGGACACAUCAGACCUCUUCCCUGCCACUGCCCCGAGCUACCCUACAUUCGGGAGACCGACCAGACUGCCUAAAUUAUGUUCCACGCACGCGAGUCCUGCUUGGGGUCGACUAAAGUACAAAUUAGUGCAUAUUUGGGUUGAAAUGAAUGAGAAGAGGAAUCCCCAGCUCAUUUCCACCCUAACAUCACAAGUUUAGUCUCCUCUGCCAAUGUUCGUCUGUCCCUUGUUUUGCUUUUCCCUGUAUUGUUCCCCUGUAGAUUCCUCUUGUUAGAUCUCAUUAAAUGUUCUAUUAAAAAAAAUCUAUAAUAAUCCAC